GAUAAUACUCGAUACCUCUCUACGAUGAUACUGUCGUCAGCUACACUAUCGAUAACUUUAUGUAUUCGAGGUUUUGUUGGUAAACGAUGCACGGUGUCAACAUUGCCGCGGUAAUCAUGCGCUGAUGGGACACGUUGAUUGUAGAGGUAGUCAGUGUAGCGUGCGAACAGCGGUCUCGAAAUACUGUUACAAUGAUAGGAGACAGAUGCUAACCAUUCGCUGAUAAAGUAAUUUCAAGAAUAUACCCAGACGAAAUGUUUUGGUAUAUAUUUUUAUUAGUAUCCAGUGUAAAACUUUUGCUUAUCCCAACAUACCGUUCAACAGAUUUUGAAGUUCAUCGUAAUUGGCUCGCCGUAACUCAUAGCCUACCGAUCAAGGAGUGGUACAAUGACACAACUUCAGAGUGGACGCUUGAUUACCCACCUUUCUUCGCCUGGUUUGAGUACAUUCUGUCGCACAUUGCACAAUUCUUUGAUCCUGAAAUGCUAAAAGUUACGAACCUCAAUUAUGCAUCCUAUUCUACAGUUUUGUUCCAAAGACUGUCUGUAAUUGUAGCAGACCUCAUGCUAGCUUUUGGUACAAAAGAGUGCUGCCAGUAUUUGAGUGCAAGUGGAGUUAGAAAAAGCAGUAAAUGGAAAUCUCGUUGGAAGUCUCCGGCUACAGUCCUGCAAGUCCUGCUUCUGUGCAAUGCUGGCCUUCUGUUGGUUGACCACAUACACUUCCAAUACAAUGGCAUGUUGUUUGGUGUCUUGCUCAUGUCAAUUGCAAGAAUGUUACAGGGUUGCACUAUGGAAUCUGCAGUCUGGUUCUGUAUCCUUCUCAAUUUGAAGCAUAUUUUUGCAUAUGUAGCACCAGCAUAUUUUAUAUAUUUGCUUCGCAAUUACUGUUUUGAUUCAACUCAACCAGUGACUUGGAGCAGAUUCUCAGUGACAAAAUUUUGUCAACUUUCAGUGGUGGUUGCAAGCAUUUUUAUGAUCUCAUUUGGACCGUUCAUAGUGUUGGGUCAGUUUGCACAGGUCAUGUCACGCCUAUUCCCUUUCAAACGAGGUUUGUGUCAUGCAUAUUGGGCACCGAAUUUUUGGGCUCUCUACAAUGUAGCUGACAAGGCAGCAGCCUUUGUUGGCAGGAAAUUAGGAAUGAAUUUGCAACAUAGCUCUGCUGUGAUGACAGGUGGGCUUGUGCAAGAAUUUGAGCACACUAUACUGCCUUCUGUCUCUCCGAAAAUGACUUUCAUGUUAACUCUGGUGUCUAUACUGCCAGCAAUUAUGAAGCUGUGGUAUUCACCUGGCAACCCACUUCAUUUUGUGCGCUGUGUUAUCUUGUGUGCUGGGGCCUCCUUCAUUUUUGGAUGGCACGUCCAUGAGAAAGCUAUUCUCAUGGUAAUAAUACCCUUAAGCUUGAUGGCUGUGGUAUGGAAGAAGGAAGCCCAGGCAUAUCUUCUGCUGGCUGUUGCUGGUCAUUACUCUCUUUUUCCGUUGAUCUUCACUGCAGCCGAGUUGCCAAUCAAGAUACUACUGCUGCUUAUGCAUUCAGUGUAUUCUUUCUUUAGCCUGUCGGGCUUGUUUGAUGUACAGGGCAUGGAACGCACUUGGGCAUUACCACUAAUGUCCAAGGCUGAAUCAGUCUACCUCCUGGGUUUGUUUCCACUGUUUAUAUUUGAGGCUGUUGUGCACUCACUGCUGAAUCUGAAGACAUCUCUCCCCUUUCUACCUCUUCUCCUGACUUCAGUUUACUGUUCCAUUGGUAUUAUUUAUGCAUGGCUGAAAUAUUACCAACAUUUCUUAUCCACUAAUGAAGUCAAUCACAAGCGAAAAGCACACUGACAGUGACUUUUAUAGUUCACCCCACUACUAAAUAACAUCAAAACAUUCCUGAUGACAGCAUGGUGUGUAAGUUGAAGUGUUUACUUGACCUGGAUACAACAGAAAAUGUAGCAUGCAUCUUGUCAUAACCAUUUAAUGCCUUUAAUACCUUCAAGUGAAGCACAAGCCAUAGCUUAUCACAUAUAAUAGUAGUGCAGAACUAACGCUCUUUUACGUUCUGGUCAGCAGUCGAAGCUUGCAUUAAACUGUUCUUUAUUUGCUUCUUUGUUAUAUUUCUUGCACUUUCUACUACCUAAAAACAUAUUUUUACCUGGUCUUUCUAUAACUGGGUCAAAUUACUUACGUAACCAGCAUGUAUGCAUUCAUAUUCGCAUUCUUACAGAUCACAUUAGAAAGAGCAACUUCAGGAGUGCGAAACAAGUAAGGGCUUAAACUAACAGAGAAAUACAG